AUCAAGGCCAGACGGAAUACUCGACACAGGAAAACAUGCAACGUGUUGGAUUAAUGUAGCUGUGUAUUCUAGUGACUGGCGAAAUUUCGCAUUUCUGCGAUAUUUUAGUUGUUAUACAUUAGACGAAACUAAGAUUACCAAGGUGAACUACGUGAUGCAUGUACGACUUUUGUGGAUUACUUAACGCAAUGAGUCGCAGUUUGUAGUUUUUUAUAUUUUUGAAGCGUGCUCGGAUUACCUUUGCACUGUGACAACUGGACUGAUUACAGUUGUCAUGUGGGUACUGAUAUGAGAUUUGAAAACCGAUACAGGCAUACAAUUACAGCUCUGAGCAAAAGUUCCACUCUGAGACUAUCGUGUUGAGAAACGAAUUGUCCACCACAGGUUUGUAAAUCAUCUCGAACAACAAGAAUUUUCGAAGGAUCUGCUAGAGUUUUGAAAUUUGUUUGUUUCACCAAAAGUUUAAACAGGUGUAAUUUUUAAGCAUUUUUAGGUAUAUUGGAUUACAACAACUUCGUGUUCAUUCACUCAAAACUGUUUGGAAACAUGGACGCUGAGAGACUUGUCAAGCCAUCGUGGUUGUCGGUUCCAAAGGCUAUCCUGUUCAUCGGACUGCUCAUGUGUUUUACCCUUCACUUUGCGGAAUCAUCAUUUAGAAGAAAUGGAAACUGGUGUUCUAAGAUGGUGACGAAGAUGAUAUCCUGUAAACAGAUCAAUGGUACUCAUACCCAGCUGGAAAAGGAAUGGCGACAAUGCCCACACUUCCCCUUUGACUACUCCUGUAGUGGAUUUCGAGUUGUCCAGAGGCCUACUUAUGUCACGGUGUUCCGGGAGGUCCGGGAUCUGGAGUGGCAGUGUUGUCCAGGAUACUCCGGUCCUGAGUGUGACACCGAAUGCUUUAACUGCACAAAUAUACAGAUGUUGCACGAUCGUAUUGAAGAACUGAACGAAAGGGUUGAGAGAUAUCGGAAUGGAGACAGUCAGAAACCUGCUACAUCCCCGGAACCAGGGGCAGUAACUCCAAGCCAAGCGUCCGACGAGACACCGAAAGGGCCUGACAUUUGUCAGUGUGAACCAUCGCCACCUGGACCCCGAGGACCCCCGGGUCCUCCGGGUCCUCCAGGGAAACCCGGAAUACCGGGUGUUGUUAAGGAACGAGGAGACAUAAUACCCACGUACCCUGAACGGAGUUCUGACAGGGGAAGUCCGGUCAAUUUAGCACGGCAGCGUGGAUCGGGAGGAGGCGGGGUCGGUGAGGGCGUUUGGGGGCCUCAGACCCCACUCGAAAGACAAGGUCCCAGAGGAUUUACGGGGCCCAGAGGGUCGCCUGGAAUUCCUGGACCUCCGGGACCUCGCGGCCUGGAUGGACUUAGAGGGUAUCCGGGUCAUCCUGGAAAAACAGGCUUACCAGGAAAACCUGGACCACCGGGACCACCCGGAAAUUCCGCUAGAUACCGAACAGGACCCGGAGAUUUUCCCUACGUGAAUCCUAUUGGCGGCAUACCUGACACGACUGCGAUCCUGGCCAGACUUCAGUCCCUGGAAGAGAAAGUUUCGGUGAUGACAACAGAGUUGUCGGAACACAAAAUUAAGGAGAAAAAACUGGAGCUGUUGAUGGCGCGCGUGCGCAUUUUAGAAGAGCUUCUUCCGGUUUUAUCAGGUGCCGAGUGGAACUGUACUGACAUCCGUAAAGCCCGGAUCUGCGCCAUGAGUGACAAGUGUAGAUGUGACAACACCAUAGACAGGGUACCCGACCCCCCGGUCCCACCCCCACAUCUACAGAGAGACAUGCCGGAACUGUUCAACACCAUGGCUUUCGUAGUCUCGCGCAUCACGAAGGGCAAGUAUGCACCGGGCAGUAAAUUCGCUAAGACCCUCCCAAAAACACCCAACUCAGACAAAAUGGAACAUUCCAAAAUCCGAGCGGAGUACGAGGCGGACGUGGCCUACCCGGCAUCAAAACACGUCAGUGACACCAACGCCGUGCCUUACGUCGAGAUGGCCAUUGUCAGCGACGCACCCAGCCUGUCCACUUGUAAACUGACGGUGUUAUUCGGAUUCUUAUUUUAUGUUGUCGCUAUCUUAUGAGUCCGGAAGAAUCAGGCUGUAUGUUAAAGGUGGCAAAAACACAUAAGACUUUGGUUUGAUAGUAUUUAAGCUUGUCAACAUUGCCAAGAUGACAAGAUUUUGGUUCACGUUAAUCCGGAAGGAUCAGGCUGUAUAUUAAAGUUGGCAGAAACACAAAGACUUUGGUUUGAUAGCAUUUCAGCUUGUCCACAUUGCCAAGAUGACAAGAUUUUGGUUCACUUUAUAUUUUACCCCGGUGUCAGCUGUAUUACUUAUGUUUUACCAAGUCUUCACCAGUAAUUUUAUAGCCAUACUGCGUUUCUAACAAAGUAAAAUAACGUAGAUGGCGCGAAGAAAAAAUGUAGUAUACACCGGGUUUGCCAGCAGGGAACCUUUAUCGCCUAAAUCAGUUAUUAUAGUUUUGUUUAUUCUGCCUUUGCGAUAGUCAAACUGGUAAUGUAUGCAUUGCAAGAAAGCAAUGUUUUAUUCAGCUUGAUCCCAAGUUAUCACUGAGCGGGAAAAAUAUAUCCCAUUACCUUAC